CAUCCAACACGUAGUUUUUCCGCCCCCUCGACCGGGCCAAUUGCGUUUGAGAGAGUGUUCCCAUCCACUGCAAGGUACAUGGACUCUAUCACUCCAAAGUACCUUACCUCAGCAGCACUUUCAGGUACACCCAUCCAUCCAGAGCACCCCAUAAGGUACAGACAGACAGAGAGACAGACGCCAACGCGACAGCAGCAAAGCUCCAAUUGAUUUGACCAGGGGUGUGCCAACGCCAACAGCACCAAGCACAGCUCCGACCACCGCUUUAGGGGCUUUGGACCUGGAUUUGGAUUGACAACCACCUUUUUCCCACCUCACGACGACACGACACGACACCACGACCACGACGGCAAAGACCGCUGCGCCAGCUCCUUGACGAGUCGCCGCCGAUACCUUUUGACUUUGUUUGCUCGUCUGAUGUAAGGACGACGCACCAUCAUCACCUCGAGACGAUACCAAGGCGCGCAGACUACUGCGCCCAGCGGGACGAUCCGUGAGAAGGAACCCAUCCCAACAGCGUAACGACCACCGACGAGACGAUUCCCACACCUCGCAUCUACCUCCUCCCACAUCCGAAGGAAGCGCUGAGCUGCCCGUUGGGGACCAGUCCCCCCUUGCGCGCGUAUGAGCUGGCAGGUGGUUCCGGGUAUGGGGUCGAACGUAGGCAACGGCAUGGGCGGGCCUGGAGGGAACGAGAUGGGCGGCGCGAUGCAGGGCAACGGCGGCAACCAGCCUCAUGCGACCGAGUAUACGCUGCAGGGUGUUAUGCGCUUCCUCCAAACCGAGUGGCACCGUCACGAGCGGGACAGGAAUGCUUGGGAGAUUGACCGCCAGGAGAUGAAGGCUAGGAUAGCUUCCCUCGAAGGCCAGGCAAGAAGGGCCGACGCAACGCAAAAGGCACUUAAGAAAUACGUCGCCAUUCUCGAGAAGAAGGUUAAAGACCAGGCUGCACAGCUCAAGGGCGGUGCCAAGGCAGGCGAAGAUGCUGCAAAUGCUGAAAAGGAUCGCGCUGCCCUGGUCCAGGAGAAGCUCCGACCUUCAUCCAAGAAGCCAUUCGAUGCCCAUGGCGGCGAGCUCGACGUCGAUAAAGCCGACGAUGAGUCGCAACGGGCCGACCUCAAGUCUUUCCUGGAUCAGUGCCAGGCCGAGUUUACCUAUCUGAUGAUUACCCCGGCGAAUCCUUUACCUCCACGAGAUUCACCCCCUCUCCCCAUACUCGAGGACUUGCGCGAAGGCGAGCCGUUUGGCGUACCUGGUGGCAAGCCAUUCCAGGAGCCACCCUUCCCCUUUGCCUCAUCGUCCCUUGUGCCACAAAACCAUGUCCGCGAAGCCAACCGCCCACCUCCCGCCCCGAAUCAUGCACCCCCGAUGCAGCGAAGUCAACCAACGAGUUUCCAAGUCAAACCUGUCGAUCAGCAACAGCAACAGCAACAGCAACUACAGCAGCAGCAGCAGCAGCAGCAUCAACAACCACAACAACAGCACCAGCAGCAAAUGCCACCCCCCGCACAAGAACCUGCACCCCCUGUCAUGUAUGCCGCCGGCACUGAAUGGCCUCAGCCAAUGUCGGCAACUGGCCGUAUGCUCGACGACAACAUGCAACGCCCCAGCCAUGCCGUCGAGUCCAUCAGUAGCGUAGAGCCAACGGAAGAAUCUCAACCUAGUCGCCCUGCCCCCGAGACCGACGGCUGGGAUUUCUCCGACGGAUCAUUUGCCGAUGCCAACUCGUCGCAAUCUCUACAGCACAUCACCAACAGGCCCGAUACCGACGCAUUCCCCACCGCAGACAAUCUUCCAAAGUCGCCCAACCGUGGACCGAGCUCUCAUCGCCGCAAAGGAUCAAUGUCGCGGAGACGCAGCGCAGACCACGAGCUAUCAUUGAACUCGGCUGCCCAGAAGGCCGAAACGGGCAAUUUCAAACUUCGAUUCGGACUGCGAGGCCAUCUGGACACCGUACGCACCGUCAUCUUCUCUGGUGGUGGCAGCCCUGGUGAACCUGAGAUCUGCACAGCAGGCGAUGAUGGCAUGAUCAAGCGAUUCCACAUUCCUCGUGCCGAUAACCAUGGACAGACUAAUGCUGCGUCAGAUCUUGACGUGACAGCUAACUUCUCUCAUCGUGGUCACGCUGGAGGCGUGCUCUGUUUGACGUCCUGGUCGCCUUCGCCGAACUUCUCCACCGGUGGUCGCGCCCAAGGCGACGGCUGGAUCUUUUCCGGCGGUCAAGAUGCUACCAUCAGAGUAUGGGAACGUGGUCGAGUUGACCCCAAGGCUACCCUCGAGGGCCACACCGACGCCGUCUGGGCGUUGUGCGUGCUGCCGACCACCUUGGGCGCAGUCUUUGGCCAGAACAGCCAAUACGGAAGCCCCGAUCGCAUUCUGCUCGUGUCUGGCGGCGCUGAUGGAUCUGUCCGUCUGUGGUCCGUCAGCGCGCCGCCUCAGUUGACCUCACCUCAGCCGGGAACAAACAGAGCUGGUCCGACAGGCAGCAGAGGCCGCGUCCGCGGUAAUUCGAUGAGUUCUGGAAGUGCUUUCUCGAGCACCCCGCAGCCCAACAUGGCAUCGAGCUCCCCCUUCAACCACACGCUUGUCCACAACAUCAAGAGGCCGGAUGGCUCUGACGCCAGCCCGACAUGUAUCACUUCUCUCAGCCCUAGCGGCGACACGUUUGUCGUCUCUUACUCUGAUGCAGCCAUUCUCGUCUACGACACCCGGACAGGUGAACAGACUGGCACAAUGGACAGCUCCGAGACAUACGACGGUUCAAUCAACACCAGUGUCAACGCUGUUGUUGCGACAACAGUUGGUUUGGAACAGCCUCAAGGCGGGCUGUCUGAGGAAGAUGGAAGUGCUGGCGGUGGCCCAACCGGUGGUGGAGGCAGAUCCAUGGCAGGAUCCGGGGUUGAAGGCGUCAUUAUUUCUGGACACGAGGACCGGUUCGUCCGCUUUUUCGAUGCUAACAGCGGCCAAUGUACCUACAACAUGCUGGCCCACCCGGCAUCGAUUUCGGGCCUAUCACUUAGUCCAGACGGCCGCGAGCUUGUCAGCGCAGGCCAUGAUGCCUCGCUGCGGUUCUGGAGUCUCGAGAAGCGAUCCUGCACGCAGGAGAUUACGAGUCACCGCAUCAUGCGUGGUGAGGGCGUCUGCUCUGUUGUCUGGAGUCAAGACGGCAAGUGGGUUGUCAGCGGUGGUGGAGAUGGCGUGGUGAAGGUAUUUGCGCGGUAGACGGUGGAGUUUCUGGUUGAGUGAGGAAGGGACAGAAGAGAGAGAGAGAGAGAGAGAGAGAGAGAGAGAGAGAGAGAGAGGAAAGAAAAUAUACAACAACAGCAGCAGCAGCAGCAUAGCGUCCGUUGAAAUGGCGUCGUCUUUGGGUCAUUACUUGCUACGGGAUGGAUGUCUGAAAAGAUGGUCUGCUCUCCGAGCUGAUUGUGUCCGGGCAUGACAGAAGAAGAUGAUGAAGAAGGUGUUGUGGGACUUCUUUUUUCCAACUUGUUUUUUUGGGCAUGAAGUAUAAGACUCUCGGGGCUUUUGGCUGCAGCAGUGGGCUCGCGAGCCAGAUUGGGAAAAGACAGAAAACGAGGGGAUGAAAUGGAAUAGGAUAAGGGGGCGUGAAUCGGCGCGGCCGAUCCGCGUCCUGUUGUAAUAUUGUACUGGGGCAUCAUUAUUGUUCAUCACACGUCGAUACCCUUACACUUCACCAACCAGCCCCACCAAACCGACCGACGUUCCCCUUUGCUUUGCCUGUUGUUUGGUGGACUCU